AUGUCAACACUUCAAUCAACAUCAGAAUUAGCUGAAGAACAAAAAACUUGUGAUCGUAUGGCUCAGUUGGAAAUUAAAUCAAGUUUACAAUUAUUACGAGAGCAAGAAAAGAUGGCUUUACAAUCUAUUAAGAAAUUAAAUGAAGAAGAAAUGACUCACAUCGACCAAUGGUUAUUUGUUCUACAUAAAACAUACGAAGAAUUGGAAUAUCCAUCAUCACAUCGUGUAUUUCAAGCAACUACAUAUUUUAAUGAUGAACAACAAUUAUGGUAUGAGCAGUCGAAAGCUGAAAUUAAUAAUGACUGGUCGUGUUUUUGUGAUCGAUUAAAACGGCAUAUUCAGGAUCGUCAGAAAGCUCAAGUACAUUCUCAAUCAAUGAAUCAUCCAUUAUCUAAUAUUAAUGAAAUAACUUCGAUGGAAAAUCUUAUUGAUGCAAAAUUUAUUAAAUAUUCUUGUAUAGGUGAUACCAAGGCCUGGUUGUUACAAACAAUGAAUCAAUUUAAACAAUAUGGAUUAUGCUGUCUCGAACAAUUUCAAGCUAUACCAUUUUUAUUAAUUGAUGAAGCUUAUUUGUGGUACGUAGAACAUAUUGAUUUAAUCACCAGUUUUGAAUUAUUUAGUAAAUUAUUUCUUCAACAAUACUCAUCUACAUCAUCAACAAAACAAAAUAAUACAUCUGUAGAGACGAUUGCUCCGUCAAUUACUGCUCCAAGUUUUUUAUCUAUAUCACAUCCACAGCAAACGAUCGCUGAUGAAAUUAUUAAAAAACCAACAUAUUUUCGUGGUUCAAAAGAUGAUGUUCAUGAUUGA